GAGUGGUGACUUUAUCAGCUGCCAUUUGCACUGACUCUGAGGGUGAGGCAGUUAUUUCACAUUUGUGAAUCAUUACACAGGAAGCAGAGUUUUACACAGCGGCUUGAUGAUUAAUAUCAUUUCUGGUGCAUUCUGUCCACAUUUCCAUGCUUUCGUUCACGUCAGCUCAGUCCGCCAUCGCCUUCACCCCAAUGCACAUACCCCAAAUUACUCUCAACCUUGUAAGACCUCAAAUCCCACGAGUCUACCAAGCGCAGAAACAAAUUCAGGACUCCCUGGAACUCCAGGAACAAUCUGACCCUCCUCACGCUCAAAAUCAUUGUAAGCGUGAUCGCUACAACUGCACACGACCAGGGACAAUGCCCUC